CUUUAUCAAUGCAAGUCAUGGAAGCUGAAUUGAUUGUUAGAAUCACAGCAACGGGAGAAUUUAAAUUAAAUAUCGGCAAUUUGACUGCUGUACUUCACAACCUAAAAUGUCAAGAUUUAGCAAUCGUUUCAAUGGCUGGAGCAUAUCGAACAGGGAAAUCAUUUAUGCUGAAUUUUUUCAUACGAUAUCUCCGCCGAAGAGGGUGGAACAACAAAAACUGGUUUGGACCUGAUCAUAUGAAAAUACAAGAUGGUUUUGAAUGGAGAGAUGGAUCGAUACCUCAUACUUUGGGAAUUUAUGUUUGGCCUGAGAUAUUUUAUGUUGAAAGAGAUGGGGAACAGAUUGGAGUUCUGAUUGUGGACACCCAAGGAUUAUUUGAUGAUAGAAGUUCACCUGACACAAAUGCGAAAAUUAUGUCAAUCAGCAGUCUUCUAUCCUCACAUCAAAUUCUCAAUUUUCAGAGAAAUGUGCGUGGAACAGACUUGGAACAUUUGCAACUUGCAUUAGAAUAUGCACAUGCUGCUACUCAUAAAUUCCAAAAGAAAGAGAAGUCAUUUCAGAAACUUACUUUCUUGGUUCGAGAUUGGCCAAAUGCUCGUGAACAUGAGUUUGGACAUGGUGGAGAUACUUAUGUCAAACAAGUUUUAAGAACAACAGAUUCAAAUCAACCAGAAAGUGUUACACAAGUGAAAAAAUCUAUUCAUAAGGGAUUCGAGAAUGUUAAUGGAUUCUUGAUGUCAAGACCAAGCAGAAAAAUUGAUGGUGGUGGAAGAUCCCAAGAUAUUCGAAAUUCAGACAUUACAGGGAAUUUUCGAGAACACAUCAUCAUGCUUGUUGAAUCAGUAUUACAUCCGAAAAAUCUUGUUGUGAAGAAAAUGUUCGGGCAGCCUAUCUCAGCAAACGGCCUGACAAACCUCAUAAGUGAAUUCAGCAAUUGGAUUCAGUCAGGAAAGCAACCUAAAAUUGAGACAUGUCUAGAGGGCACCAUUAAGGCAAACAAUGCGACCGCUCUGCAGGAGUCUGUGUCAAAAUAUCGCUGGCAUUUGAAAGAGCUUGUUGGUUCUUCAUUUCCUUCUGAUUGGGAACUCCAAAGACAUCACGAAAAAACACUCGAAGAAGCAGAAGAAUUGUUCCAUAGCAUGGCAACAUUAGGAUCUGGAAGGCAAACGCAGGAUGUUUGGAAUCGUGUGAAAGAAGAAUGCAAAAUGUAUUACCGGGAUGUGAAAGGGGAAAUUAGAUUAAGAAAGGCAGAAAAAAUUGAGAAACUCAGGGCAAAAGCAGAAAAGACGGAAAAAGAGUAUGAAGAUAAAAUGAACAAGUUGCCUACAGACAUCUCGUUCGAAACACUUGAGGUGAGACACCUAGAAUAUUACAGCCAGGCGAUUGAUGAAUAUGAAUGGGAUGCUACCAGUCUCGAGGGCAUUUUAUCAAACGAUGAAGAUUAUAUAAAGAAGAAGUUGAUGGCAAGAAUGGAAGCAUUUUUCGAAGGUUUGAAGCAACAACGGAAGACAUUGGAAAACAUAAAGCGUUUUGCAAAGGAAGAGGAGAAAUUAAAAAUCCAAAAGGUUGCCCGAGAUUGCUUUGAUAUUUUUCAGCUAGAGAUGGCAAAGAUCUUAGGUGAAUUUAUACCUGGAAUAGAUGAAGUCUGCCGAAAAGAAAAGCGAAGUAUUUUGCGAAAGUAUGGCAGAGAUUGUGAAAGCUUCACAGACAAGGAUGAGGUCGAGCAAUGUGGAUACAACCUUCAAGAGAAAUUGGAAGAUCAUUGUAAAAAAGCUGUUAAAAAGAACAAACACAACAUGGAAAUGCUGAAGUCCAAAUGUGCUGAACUUUCCCAAACUGCUGCACAUGAAUAUGAUGAAAAGAUGAAAAAUCUGAUGAGACAGAAUCAGUCAUAUCAGGAAAUGUUUUUUGAUAGGAAACACUCGGAAUUUAAAAAAACUGCAAUGUGCAGGUUCGAUGACUUGCUUCAGCGCAUGUCAUGUUAUCUCCCAGUAGCAGUUAAAGAUAAAUUCAAGAUGAAGUUGGAUUUGGCAAUCAAUGAAAAAUAUCAGGUUUAUAAAACGACAAACGACAGAGGAAGAAUGAUACAAAAAAUGGAGGAGGAUUCAAGGGAAUGUGCUCACCAUGCGAAGACUGCUCUUGGAGUUUAUACUCACAACAUGGAACAGCUACUGCAAAAUGGAAAGAUUCAUUCAGAACAAGAACUGCUACAGAAACACGAAUUCUUUGAAUUUAAAGCACUUCGUCAGUUUGGAGAUUUGACUGCUCAUGUAACUUGCUCACAAGAUAACUUCAGAAAAAAUUUGAUGAAAGAAAUGAGAGAAAAAUUAUUCCAGUAUAGACAAAUAAAUAGAAGAAAUCCUGAUGGCGAGAAACAAAGACACAUCGAGUCAUGGACAGAUGAAUAUGAAUAUUCCAUGAUGGAAAAACGAAGACACAUCAAGUCUUUGACAGAUGAAUAUGAAUAUACCAUGAUGGAAUGGACUGAACGCUACUGUCCUGAGGAUGAUGACAUGGAAAUGCAACAUAGCAUGAUGUUAGCAGAUGUACUAGAGAAGUUCUCAAGAUUAAUGAACUCAAAAAACACUGCAGAAGAUGAGGAAGAAUUGGAGGAGGAAAUUAAUGAGGUUUAUUUGAAAAUUGAAGCAGAGAAUAAAAGAACCAGAGAUGAAAGAGAGUUCUUAAAAAGACAAGAGGGAUUAAGCAUAAGAAAUCUGCAAGUCAAUUCUGAAAUCAGAACAAUUGAAUUUAUUCGAAAGAUUAAAUCGUAUGAGAAUAGAUAUGAGGAAAACUUCGAAAUGAUCUUCCACGACACCAUGCUAGUAGUUUUAGAAGAAUUUGAUAUAAAAACGGAAUGUCUAGGAGAUUGUUUUAAUGACGAAAUAUGGGAGGCAAGAAUCAAUUUGGAGAAAAAAAUGCAUGAGGUACUGAUUAGAGGAAUUCAAAGAAACAAUGAAAACAGAGAAAGAGUGAACGAUGCAGUGGAAGCGUAUGUUUUGGAGUAUCGAGAGGUCUCAAGAGAGCUGAUGCUGAAAGCUUACGUGAAAACCGGUGGUUUUGAACUGGUUGAGCAGCGGUACAUUGAACAAGUUGACGCUCAAGAGGGGAAUGAAGCAAUUAAAGAAUUAAUAAAGGAAAAAAUAAGAAAGGAAACCGAAGAGGCCGAAUUACAGAAUGAGGGGAAUAGAGAAUAUAGGUCUGUCACAGCAGAUAAAGCUACAGUUGGAAAGUAUUUAGCGAUGGGAGCGAUAAACGUCACUCCUCCCGCCUGGACACCACUGGGUUUAGUGGGAUUGGUGCUGGGUGGAGUUGUGGCUGGCGCAGUCAAGCUUAAGGAUUUCAUCAAGAAAAAGAUGAAAUCCAAAAAGUAGUUUUAAAAAAAGAGUAAUUAUCAUGAUUUGUAUGAUAUUUUUUAGAUUUGCCAUUAAUUGCUCAUUACUGUAGUAAUAAUCGAUUACUGAUCGUCUCAUAAUGCUUCGCUGAGUAAUUAUUUUUAGGUGGGGUGUAGAAAAAACUGCAGCCUUGAAGACAAUUUUAUGCAGCUUGCGAUAGCUGCGAUGUUUUGUCGAAAAUAAAUAGAAAGGUUAUUCAUGAAUAACAUUCUGCUUAUCUGGCCUUAUGACAUCCACACUUUACUUUCGCACUUUCCAUUGUUUAUAGUAGCAUCUGAAUUUCUAAAGGUAUCAAAAUACAUCUUAAAUUUAAAAAGUUUUCUAGCAUAGGCAGAUUUUUAAUCUGAUCUGCAUGCAAAGUUUCUUUCAUUUAAACGUGUUGAUCAAUCUUUUAAAUGAAUUUGAUGAGCCCAAUUUAAAAAAUCUACUGAGGAUACACUCAAUUUUAAUCCAAGGCCAACCGACUAGAAAUAUAAUAAUUGAAAUUUUGUGCAUACUUUUUAAUUUCUCUUCCCACCCUUCUUGUAAGUUGAAAAACUCUUGUAUAUAUAUAUUAAUAUACCGAUUUA